CGUAGCUGUCAAAAUGGGCUCGGCAGUGACAGCAAGGUUGAUCUCCUCCUCUUCCUGCGCUUCUUUGUGAAAACUUCACAUGCACCUUGCGAAAAACGGUACAAAGCCGGUUAUGCCCGUGGAAUUGAGCCUUAACUGAAGAAGCGAUGUCAGCAAUGAUGUCUGGACCGAUGCGUACUCUGUAUUUGCAAAAAGAAUUAAGGAGCAAGAAACGGGAGGUGUUUGAAGAUAUCUUGGAGGAGCGCAGGCAAUCCAGUGACCUUCGAUAUGCCAUGAAGUGCUACUCACCAGUGAUUUACAAAAGCCUUACGCCGUGCAAACCAAGUGCCCUCAAGUCUAUGGUUUUACAAUCUGAUCAACUACAAUAUGUCAUCAAACAGAUGUCCCUGGAAUCUGGUGAGUCUCCGGAAGUCAUCCAGGAGCAAGCAGUCGAAAUCCUCGAUGAAAUGGCUCACAAUUUAAAUCUGGGAGCCAUCCGGCUGUUUGCCAUGAGCUUGAGUAAGAUCUUCAAAAGGCUUUUCCAGAAGGUUUGUGUGAACGAGGAUGGUAUACAGAGGCUUACUCACGCUAUCCAGGAGCAUCCGGUUGUACUUCUGCCCAGCCAUCGGAGUUACAUUGACUUUCUGAUGUUGUCCUACAUUUUGUACACAUACGACUUGGCACUCCCUGUAAUCGCCGCAGGAAUGGACUUCAUGGGCAUGAAGAUGGUGGGAGAGCUCUUGCGUAUGUCUGGUGCCUUCUUUAUGCGACGCACAUUCAGAGGGAACAAACUUUACUGGGCAGUAUUUGCUGAGUAUGUGAAAACGAUGCUGCGGAAUGGAUACGCUCCAGUGGAAUUCUUUGUCGAAGGUCAAAGAAGCAGAACGUGCAAGACUUUAAAUCCAAAGUUUGGUCUACUAAAUAUUGUAAUGGAGCCAUUCUUUAAAGGCGAGGUAUUUGACACAUACCUUGUUCCAAUUAGCAUUAGCUACGAGAGGAUACUGGAAGAAUCACUGUAUGCAUAUGAACUCCUCGGAGUGCCCAAACCCAAAGAAUCAACAUCAGGUUUAUUAAAGGCCAGACGAAUUCUGAGUGACAACUUUGGAAGUAUCCACGUUUAUUUUGGGGAGCCCAUGUCACUGCGCUCAUUGGCGUCGGGAAGAAUCAACCGAUCCCAAUAUAAUCUUGUACCCAGACAUCUUUCCCACCGACCUUCCAAGGACAUGCAAGCAUUUGUUCGUGAUGUGGCCCAUCAAGUGGAAUUACACCAAAUAGCCAAUAUGGUUCUCAGCCCUGGAGUUUUAAUAGCAGCUAUCGUACUACAGAAUUUACCAGCAAUUAACUUUAACGUUUUGGUUGAGAAAACCCUUUGGAUGAGAGAUUUAACAGAGUCUUUUGGAGGAUGCCUGGAAUGGCCUGAUAACGUAUCUGCCAGCAGAGUGGUUCGAUCCAGUCUUGACAUCCAUUCGAACUUUUUGAGGUUUGUUGAUGGGCAGGUGAUUUUGCUUGAUCAUGAACAAGACGGUACAGUGACUGAAGAGCUGGUGUUCAAAAGGGCCGUCUCUUGGCUCAUGUGUGCCUCAUAUAGGAAUCAGAUGGUUAAUCUCUACAUCAGACCAGCCCUGGUGGUGUUGGCUUGUAAAAUCACACAGAGUUUCAUCAAAGAUGAUGUCUACAAGUUAUUCAGGUUUUUGAGAAGUAUUUUUACUAAAGAGUUCAUCUUCUUUCCCGGUUUUGAAGAAAAGGAUUUUGAAGAAGGUUGUUUUCUGUUAACCAAGUGUGACAUAAUUCAUCUGACACCUCAUGAAAUCAUUAUGACUGAGAAAGGUGCUAGUGCGGCCUUGUGUUUGUCAAGGAUGUUCCAACCCUUCCUUGAAGGCUACCAGUUAGCUUGCACGUACCUUGCUAAGGAAGCUUCAGAUACCUUGACAGAAAAGCAGUAUUUAUCGGGAAUGAAAAGCUAUGUUUCAAAAAGCAUUGCCGCUGAUAUCACCAAAUGUUAUGAAGCACUUUCUUCUGAUAUGCAAAAGAACACACUAUCUUCCUUUGUUCAACUGGGACUUCUGAAAGUCAUUACAUUGGAUAAUGAAAACGGUUUCAAAGUGGACCCGGCAGCUAUAAUGGACACAGCAGAAAAACUGGGACUGCAAAUGUCCACCAAAAAGUUUCCACUUGCACGACUUUGAGAAAGCACUGUAUCCAAAUCCACGCUGCCAACUUUUUGCUGAUUCAUUUGAUCAGCUAUUUUACUAGAACCCCGCUCAGAACAAACGACCUGUUGUCUGAAAAGAAGAUACCUGCGUUUGGAUCUAACCAAAAACUUAGGACUAACAUGGAUGUUGUGUACUUUACAACAGCGAUGGUACAAAUCCUCCUGCACAACAGCUGAUUGCUAAUUGACUUUGGCGUGAUUUAGGAGAUUUCUAAAACUGGUCAAUUUUAGUGACCGUUUCCUAAGCCAAUGAAAACAAAGCUCUAGAACAAACUCCGGCAUUGAUCCCGGAGAGGUAUAGAGAGAGCUUUUUGGAGCACAUAUAAAAUGAACUCAAGGAGGUAUUUGCACUUAACAAGUGUUGCACUAGAUAUUAAACUACUACCUGUGGCUGUAAUCUCUCUCUAUCUGUUAAAAUAAUAAACUCGAAUCUUAGAAAAAAAG